AUGGCUGAACAUACUAAACACGACUACUCCCCUCGUGGCAUUGGCCACACCCUGGGCACCUGGCGAGGUUUCGGAGUCCGCUGGAAGGUUAGAAACCCUUACAUUAUCGCAAUGAUCUCUACGAUGGGUGGUAUGCUUUUCGGUUUCGAUAUCUCCUCCAUGUCGGCCUUUCUUAACAACCCCGCCUACAAGAGCAUGUUCUUCGCCCACCCAGAUCCUGCCAACGACGCAGUCAAACAGGCUGGUAUCACUUCUUCUAUGCCUGGUGGCUCGUUCGUGGGCUCUCUUUGCUCUGGCUACUUGUCAGACAAGCUUGGCCGCCGUACCACUAUUCAGCUCGCAUCCUUCAUUUGGAUGAUCGGUGCUGCUAUCCAGUCCUCUGUUCAGAACCUCACACAGCUUGUCUUCGGUCGUUUGAUUGCUGGCUUUGCCAUCGGCCUUGCUUCUUCGCAGGUUCCCGUCUAUAUUGCUGAACUUUCGCCCAAAAAUAUUCGUGGCCGUCUCGUUGGUCUUUUCCAGUGGGCCGUCACUUGGGGUAUUCUGAUCAUGUUCUAUAUUUCAUACGGUUUGGGUAAAAUCCAUACCGACGCCGGUUUCCGUAUUGCUUGGGGUAUCCAGAUUAUUCCUGGUCUUAUUCUGUGCAUUGGUACCCUUUUCCUUGAUGAAUCGCCCCGUUGGUUGGCUUCCAAGGAUCGCUGGGACGAGGCCAUCAAUAUUAUCUCUCUUGUUCAAGCCCGCGGUGAUCGUGACAAUGAUGAAGUCCGUGUCGAAAUCGAGGAAAUUAAGGAGGCUGUUCGUAUUGAGCACGAGACCGCCAAAAGUACCGGGAGACUGUUCUUGAGCAUGUUCACUGGUCGUACUAACUUUGUUCGUACAAUGACCGGUAUUUGGACUCAGAUUUGGCAGCAGCUUACCGGUAUGAACGUUAUGAUGUACUACAUUGUUAAUGUUUUCGCCAUGGCUGGCUACUCUGGAGAUGCAAACCUUAUCGCUUCUUCUAUCCAGUAUAUUAUCAACUGUGCUAUGACAGUUCCUGCUUUGCUUUUCAUCGAUAAAUGGGGCCGUCGUCGCGUUAUGAUUUCCGGUGCAAUUCUGAUGAUGGCUUGGCUUUUCGCACUCGGUAGUAUUCUUGCCGUAUACUCCGUGCCCACUGGCCCUGAUGGCUACGAAGGAAACAAUGGUGUUCGUAUCUAUAUCCCCAAAGACCAGAAACCUGCAUCAAAGGGUGCUAUUGCGGUGUGCUAUUUAUUCGUUGCAACCUUCGCACCAACUUGGGGUCCCGUUGGUUGGAUUUACGUCUCUGAGCUUUUCCCUCUUCAGCAGCGUGCUCUUGCUAAUGGUGUCUGCGCAGCCGCCAACUGGAUCUUCAAUUUUGGUAUUGGUAUGUUUACUCCCGUUGCCUUUGUCAAUAUCACAUGGAAGACCUACUUUAUUUUCGCUACAUUCUGCGGCACUAUGGCCAUUCAUGUCUUCUUUAUGUUCCCUGAAACCCACCGCAAGAGUCUCGAGGAGAUUGAUAUGAUGUGGAAUGAGCAUGUUCCUGCUUGGAGAUCUUCUAGCUGGGAGCCCAGCUUCCGUCCCGAUAUCGAUGACAUCAAGGCUGUCAAUGGUGGCCGUGCUCCUUCUAUCGAGAAGCCUGAGGCGGCGCACAACGAACUGGUUGAUGAUAUCAGCGACAUCAGCGGGAAAGAUGAAGAGCUUAAGGUCUGA